AUGGUCGAUGCCGGAGUAAGCAGCGGCUUAAACAAAGUACCGCCUGUGGCAAGUCCCAAGGGCCCGGUGGAAACUGUACCUGAGGGAGAUAUUUCGGCGGAGCCUCUCGUGGAACCUUCCAAGAGACGGCGGUCGUCGCAUCAGUCCAUCAAACCGCGUUUCAAGAAGUCCGCGCUCAAGACUCCAGUUUUCAGGCUAAAGUUUGACAGCAAACGCAAAAACCCUCUGAAGUACGUCAAUAUCAGGGAGCUCAUUUUGUAUGCGCUCACAGACGUGAACAAUCUGAAUUUCGGAGAGCUCGAGAACAGGAAGUCUGUGAACAAGGUGGUAUUGGUUCUUGCUGAUGGACUUACUGCGACUGACUUCGGAUAUGAGAGUUUAGCUGGUCUUAUUGAAGAGCAGGAAAUAAAGAACGCGGAGAAAUAUCCAUUCAUUUCUCAGCAGUUUGCAAAAUUCAUUCCCUUGCUUUCCCCAGGAGCCAACAGAAACCUGUUCUCAUGUGCCACCACUCUUUCUUCUUCGGCGGUGCCCGAAAAACACCGCCCGGCGUUGAUCAAAGAGCUUGAGGACAAAGGUGUCCAGUUGUCCGAUUUGGUAAUUGACUACACGCAAAUGGUGGCCAAUGGCUACCCUAUUCACCCCGAUGUUCCAGGUGCUACCGAAGGAUCUAUAGCGCAAUUCUCUACAUUUCACGCUACGCGAGACCUCGGCAGGAAACCUAGAAUGCUUGCACUGGAUUGCGAGAUGUGCUUGACUGCGUCCGGGAGCGUGGUCACUAGAGUGGCGGUGACGGAUGAAGCCCACAAACUUGUGGUAGGAGAGUUUGUCAAACCAGACGAGGAGAUCAUAGACUACAAAACACAGUACUCGGGUGUUGACCAGGCCAGCCUCAAAGGAGUCACAACCACCUUGCAUGAUAUCCAGCAAAAAUUGCUGGCCACCAUAUCCAGUAAAGACUACCUGAUUGGACAUUCGCUAGAGUCAGACCUUUGCGCGCUCAAAAUCUCACACCCAACGAUAAUCGACACAUCCAUUUGUUUUGACCACGUGAAGGGCCCGCCGCUCAAGCCGUCUCUGCGCCAUCUGGCUUCCGAGAUACUGGGAAAGAGUAUACAACAAUCUGCCAAUGGUCAUGAUCCAGUUGAAGAUUGUAUUACAUGCAUGGAGCUAGUACAACUCAAACUAAAAAAAGGUCCAGCGUUUGGCAAAAUGAUCACUGAAGAGUCCAUAUUUCGCCGUAUUUCGCAUACAAACAAACAGGUCCUCAUUGACGGCAAGAAAGUCCCCAAGACGGGAAUAGCCAUAAAUUUUGGAGGCAACAAAUUUUUCAAUGAACAACGCAUUGACGUCUCCACGGAUGAAGAUGCUGUUCAAAAGCUGACUGAUUAUCUACCCAACCAUGAGCUGGCAAUGAUCAAGCUUCGCGAGCAGGACAGGUUCGAUCUUAGCAUCAAGAAUAUCUACGAAACAAUGCCGAGCAAUUCCCUUUUGAUCGUGUGUGCUGGCCACGGCGAUAGAAAACGGAUCAACGAACUAAUCACUUUGCAGAGGAACUUGUCUGGUCCUUUACCUCCAGAGGACCACCAAGAACUUAUUGCGUGCGUGGCGAAAGCGAGAGAAUCACUUGCUCUGAUCAAGAUUAAACCGUAA